UAAAUUUAAAAUAAGUCUACUUGGUUUACCUCCAUUUCAUUAUGUCAUAUGGAAUAAUAAUUUGGGGAAAUUCAACAUACAAAAGUAUUUUUUGUCCAAAAGAAAUUCAUUAGAACAAUGGCAGGCAUUGAGAGGAGAGGCCCUUGUAGUUAAGAAGAUAAUGAAACCUGAGGCAUGCCUGGAAGUAGCUAAAAGUUCUCGGAAACAGGCAGAGGCGUACUUGCAAAAGGGUAAUGCAGGUCGUGCAUUUGCACAUUUCCUGGUGGCCCUCAAACUGUGCCCAUGUUGGAAAGUAGAAUUGACCCAUCAUUUUACAUCAGCACUGUGUUCGUGGGGAGAAAAAUUAGAGGGGCAGCAGCGGUAUAAAGAUCUCUUCAGUUGCUAUGAGCAAGCUUUGGAAGUCUUACCAGACAGUGAGGAACUGCUGAACAAUCUUGGAGCUCAUCUCUACAGGUGGGGACAUGUGACAGAAGCAUGUAGUUAUUUUCAACAAGCUAUAAAAUGCAAUCCUGGGUUCCUCCCCGCAAGACGUAACUUGCAGGGGUCGUACAAUCUGUUGGUGGAACGAUGGCACUUUCGUAUGCUAAAUGAUAGCGUUCGGAAUGACGCGUACCGGGCGGCGAUCACCAGAAGGGUUCUCCAGCAGGGGCCUGGUUCAUCUGUGUUGGACAUUGGGACAGGCACAGGCGUGCUUAGUUUAUUUGCUGCUGAAGCUGGAGCUGGACAAGUGUUUGCUUGUGAUUGUUCCUCCACAAUGAUUCAGAUUGCUUCUGAUGUGAUGCGUGCCAAUGGAGCUUCUGGAAAAGUGAACCUGAUCAACAAACUUUCCACGGAUAUAAUCAUUCCAACAGACAUGCCUGCAAGAGUAUCACUUGUGGUGACAGAAACGGUGGAUUCAGGUUUAUUAGGUGAAGGUAUAUUGCAGUCUCUUAUCCAUGCUUGGGACCUUCUGCUGUUACCUGCAGGAUGUGGAGACCAAGAAGCAAAUGCAGGGAGGGUGGUACCCGAAGCAGCCGGUGUGUGGAUAGUGCCUAUAGAAUGCCUCCACAUUGCAAGGAAAAAUUGGCUCCUGAAGCCAGAAACAACACAGGAGGAUUUCUUUAACCACUUACAGGUACAGACGGACACAUUUUCAAGAGAUCCUGAAGUCCAGAAAGUACACAGUAACAGAACAGAGCUUGAUCUAAGCAAGCUGGAGCUAACAGCUAGGCGUGAUGAGCCAUAUGACACUGAAGACUUAAAUACAGUUCCUGAUGGCUACAGUUUUCUUGCAUCACCAUGCCAUGCUGUGCACUUCAAGUUCAGUGACUGCCAGGAGAUGGUCGAGUGGUUGCGUGGACAGAAGCACGUAGAACACUGCAUCACGUGCACCCAGCCCGGCCGCGUUGAUGCAGUAGCGAUGUGGUUUGAUCUACAUCUUGAUGAUGUUACCACCAUCUCUUCUGCUCCUGAUGAUGGCAGUGAUAGAGAUGGAGUUCAUAGAGCAAAUUGCUGGGACCAAGCCAUAUUCCCUGUUCGGUCUCCUAUCCAUGUUACUUCGGGUCAGAAAUUGAACAUAAGUAUUACAUGCCGUGGUGGAAAAGUUUCUGUUGAUGUCCACGAUCAACAUAAAAAUGAAGUCGCACAAGCAAUGAGCAAGUUACAGGAUGCAUUUUCUUGCGGUAAAAUAUUUGUAGUGCAAGACGAUUCUCAUCCUUCAAGAGAAUUUCAUAAUGAUGAUCAGAAGAGUUCAGAAAAUGACAGUAACACUGCGGAUUCUGAUCCCGAGUACUCCGGAAACUUGUCCUUAAAUAUUGCAGCAAACUGGAAAAAGGGAACUUCACAUAUUGACUGCACUGCUCAUGAAGAAGAAAAAGUUAUAGUAUUAAAAGAUAUGCACAGAAAGUAUGAAAUGAUAUUGAAAGAGGCUGAGUUUAAUGCAUCGGACAAUUCCAAUGUUUUGAGAAGUGUCGAGCACUCAAAGAAAAUUCUGCACAAAAUACCAGAUCCUGAUGUUUGUUGUGGUAUAACGAGGAGAUUGGGCUGCAGUGGUGUAGCAUCUGAAGAAGUUGUACGGUUUCUCAACAAUAAACAGUGGCAGGAAUCAUUGCAGAAGACUGCUGUACUCCUGUGCCAACAGCGCAGUAAUAUACGUAUCUCAGCAGUAUUAGAUCUCUCUCCAUUUCCUGUACUUGGUUUGCAUGUCCUUACGAGCUGUGCAGCAAGUCUGAUGUGUGUCGUGAGUUCGUUGGAAGAUGAGCUAGCUAUAAAGAAGGUUGCAGAGUUGAGUGGUAUCAGUAUGACGCAGUUACAGUGUGUAACGGAGAAACAGCUCCUGGACGUACUGGACAGUGGCAAAGUUUUCUUCGAUGUAAUUGUGGCACACUUGGUCGACCCCUCUGGGGAACUGAAGGAGACAGCUUUCAACAUGAUACCAGCACUCAGCUCAUCUCUGGCAGAAGGUGGUAUUAUCUUACCACAGCAUAUCUCUGUGAUUGGUCAACUGUUGGAGUCGGAUUGGCUGGUUCAGGUGUCGCGCGUUCAAAACUUGCGCACUUGUGGUUAUGACAUAGCUCGUUUUAUCAACGAAUACCAGGUAACACAACAUCUAGACCUCAACUUGUCCACCCUCACCACAACUAUUCUGAGCAAGCCUAUUGAAUUGCUGCAUCUCAGCCUGGAAAGAUGCUGUUACCAGACCACGCAAAUAACGAGUACAGCGGCGACACAUUCAGGAAUGAUGAAUGCCGUGGCGUAUUGGUACAGCAUCUGUUUUCACGAGGACACUCCUGCCGUUUGUACAACUAAUCCAGAUUCUCAUGUGAACCAGGCAGCCAUUUUGCUUCAGCCGUCUGUGUCUGUAUGUGAUGGGCAAAUUGUCAAGUUCUUACUCAGGUUUCAUUACGGACUCAUUCAGGUGGAACCCCUGCAUGGAGAUGAAGACAGUAGUUAAGACUAUAUGACUGCCCAUAUUUACAGAUAAAUAUAUUUACAAGUCUUUGAGCUUGUCUUCAAUCUGUUAUCCUCCGUUGUCAAAACUCAUUCUGUAACACAGCAAAGGCCACAGAUCAGUUUCAUAACAGGACCACGUUUAACAAAACAUGUUUGAUGGCAAGAUGAUGACUUACGUACUUCUCGCUUUCUCCGAAAUAUAUUUUAAUGCAGACGAUGAAAAGACAUUUGGUACUAGGAAUUAUAGUAAAAGAACCAACAUUGUGUAAUUACUGAAAAAUAUAAAUUAUAUUUCAUGUA